AGACUGAGGCUAGGGUUUUACGAGGAGAGGCCGAUAUGAUGCGCCUUGGAAGCGGGAUCUUCACCACCGUGAUCUAGCUGACAUAGGAGAGAAGUGGUGCUAGCAUGGGCGGUAGUGGUGGCGGAAGCGUUUCGUCGACGAGCUUCCUCGAGUUCUUCUUUGUCUUCGAUCUUGACUUCAAUUUUUGUAAAGAGGAUGACAUGAAGGACACAGGAAAAAAUAGCAAUUUUACAUUUAGGAUUCAUGACCAUGUGAAAGUGGGUCCUAAUCUGUUUGAGAUUCUGAAGGGGAAGGUGAGUUUGGGGGCAAGGAUUAUACAAGAAGGAGGAAGAGGGAACAUCUUCAAGAAUGUUUUUGGGAUGCAAGAAAAAGAGCAAUUGUUAAAGGCCUCCCAGUGUUAUGUAUAUACGACAGUUGGUCCUAUUGCAGGAGUUCUCUUUAUCUCAACCGAAAAGCUUGCAUUUUACAGUGAAAAGCCAAUAACCUUCAAUUUUGUGACAGGACAGUUAGCCAGGGCACCAUAGAAG